GUGAUGACGUAUGCGGAAGUACACGUCACCCUGCUCGAGAAGCGGCUGGGCGCCGGAGGGAGAGAUCCUCCUGAUUUAUUUGUCCCUCUUUUCAUCUUGCCCCUCAAAAAGAGGCUGUGGGUAAGGCCAUGUCAUGGAUCAAAGAAGGAGAGUUGACCAUCAUGGAGAGAUUUUGUGCCAACAUUAUAAAGGCAGGUCCAAUGCCCAAGCAUGUUGCAUUCAUCAUGGAUGGGAACCGCCGUUAUGCUCAGAAGUGCCACGUGAAGAGGCAGCAGGGGCAUUCAGAGGGCUUCGACAAACUGGCACAGACGCUGCGGUGGUGCUUGAAUCUGGAUAUCCGGGAGGUCACGGUCUACGCAUUUAGUAUUGAGAACUUUAAACGCUCCAAGGAGGAGGUAGAUGGGCUGAUGGAGCUGGCGAGGCAAAAAUUUAGCCGCCUGCUGGAAGAACAGGAGAAUCUGAAGAAGCAUGGUGUGCGUAUCCGUGUCCUUGGGGACCUGCCACUUCUGCCACUGGAUAUUCAGGAAUUGAUUGCCGAGGCUGUGCUGGCAACCAGGAACUACAACAAAUGUUUUCUGAAUGUCUGCUUUGCAUACACGUCAAGACAUGAAAUCAGCAAUGCAGUGAGAGAGAUGGCCUGGGGUGUGGAAGAAGGACUACUUGAACCUAGCGAUGUGUCAGAGUCAUUGCUCGAUAAAUGUCUCUACACCAACAACUCCCCUAACCCAGACCUCCUGAUACGAACCUCUGGAGAGGUCCGGCUUAGUGACUUCUUGCUCUGGCAGACAUCCCACUCAUGCCUGGUCUUUCAGUCUGUGCUGUGGCCAGAAUAUUCCUUCUGGAACUUGUGUGAGGCUAUCCUUCGGUUCCAGAUGAACCACAGCACUUUACAGAAGGCCAGAGAUUUGCACAUGGAGGAAAGGAAGCGGCAGCAGCUGGAAAGUGACCAGGCUUAUGUAACAAACAAGCUGCAACAGGAAGGGCCUGCAUCCCAUGGAGACUCUCAGCACCAACAGACACUAUUGCAGAAAUACACUGCCCUGCGAGAAGAGAGAAUCCAGGGCUUUCUGCAGGCUCUAGAGCACAAAAGAGUGGACUUCCUUGAAAGACUGUGUACAGUGUCUGCAUGACCUGGAUAGGCCUUGUGAUGGUGAAUAUGUGCAGUGUUAGAAAUAACACUACUGCUAGGCCAGAGGAAUUCACUGUGGGGGGAGGACAGUGGUGAUGCAGGACUGGUACAAGAUCUUAUAUCCAAAGUGGCACUAUCCAAAGGGCAGAGGCUGAGUACUAAGAGGCUUUCUACUCCUGUAAAUGCCAUGAGGAAGGUAAUGUCAGGAUGGUCUUGCCUCCUGCCACUAAAAAUGGAGAAAGGAAUGCAAUGCCCCCGCUCUUCUCUGCUGCCUGACACUUUGCAUCUGUGCGUAUUUUUGUGACCAGCAAUUGACUAGAACUAACUUCCAAUGUGGUUAAGUCCCCUUGUGAGUCAGCUGAGGCAAAGCAACCCAAUUCUCCCUUAAAUCUGCCUUGGGACCCUGUGCUUCAAUUUCUAUUGCCACUUUCAGUGAGAUUUGUUUAUUAUAACAACAUGGGUGGUCAGCUUUUCCAAAGAAGCAUGCUAUUCCCAUUCCUUGUGGAAAGAAUUGUUUAUAGUGGCGACAUGCUAUGAGCUGUGACAAAAAAUAUUCAUAAAUCAUUUUCUUGUCGAAUUUUUCCU